AGUCAGAAUCUCACCCUCGCCUCCAUUAUAAUUAGGUGAGGCCUUUACUAAAACAAUCUCUCUCUCACACAAACCAGUGCAUUGCAUCUAUGGCGGAGGCAACAACCGCGUUGCCUGUCUUGCUCUCUCUUGUUGGUAUUUACCUCAUCAUACUCGCAAAUGAGGUUCACUCCUUUGAAGAGAUGACCUUUAACUUGAACAUGCGAAAAUCGCAGAGGAAACAGAAUCUUGGCUGCCACCCACCGGAAGCAAGAAAGGUGAAAGGUGCCAUCAUACUGGAAAUGAAGGACACAGGACACUGUUCCUCUGUCUCUGAGAAAAGGAGCCAUCGGAAACAGUUGGCGCAGGAUGACCUUCGUGUCCGCGCAAUUCAAAGCCGCAUUCGGGGUGCGUCUGACUCAGACAAGGAAAACAAAAACAAUGAGAUUCCGAUAAGCUCAGGCAUGAAAUUGGAAACGCUUAACUAUGUAGUGACUCUGGGGUUGGGUGGGCAGAAUGUGAGCAUGAUAGUUGACACAGGAAGCGAUUUGACGUGGGUGCAGUGCCAGCCAUGUGACUCCUGCUAUGACCAACAAGGCCCUCUCUUCCAGCCUUCAAGCUCCCCUUCCUACCAAUCCAUUCUCUGCAAUUCAACAACCUGUCGCACCCUAAUUCCAGCUCCGCCGGGAGCAUGUGCAACUGCAACUAAUUGUGACUAUGUCGUUAACUAUGGGGAUGGCUCCUACACCUCGGGAGAAUUAGGAGUAGAGCACCUCAGCGUCGGAGGGGUUUGGAUCACCGAUUUCGUGUUUGGUUGCGGCAGGAACAACAAAGGCUUAUUCGGACUCGCAUCAGGCCUUAUGGGCCUGGGGAGGAGCCACCUCUCCAUCGUCUCUCAAACCAGUUCCACCUUGGGAGGAGUCUUCUCAUACUGCCUGCCUUCGCCUGACACCGGAGCUUCGGGGUCGCUCGUCAUGGGGAAUGACUCCUCUUCUCUCUUCAAGAAUGUUGCCUACGCCAGGAUGCUCUCUGAUCCGCAGCUUUCCAGCUUCUACAUACUCAACCUCACAACCAUCAGUGUUGGUGGUGUGCCUCUGCUGCAGGCCUCCAGUUUCGGGAAGGGGACCCUCAUUGACUCUGGGACGGUGAUCACAAGACUGGCUCCGUCCAUGUACAGAGCAGUCAAGGCAGAGUUCUUGAGACAAUUUUCGGAUUACCCGUCGGCGCCCGGGUUCUCCAUAUUGGACACGUGUUUCAAUCUCACCGGGUAUGAGGAAGUGAACAUACCCAGCAUAAGAUUGUACUUUGAGGAGGUGAGCAUGAACGUGGACGUCAGUGGCAUACUGUACGUGGUGAAAGAGGAUGCCUCCCGUGUCUGCCUGGCGCUAGCAAGCCUCUCCGAUGAGUACGACACACCCAUUGUUGGGAACUACCAGCAGAGGAACCAGAGGGUUAUAUAUGAUACCAAAAACAACAGGCUUGGAUUUGCUGCAGACCCUUGCACUUUCACUUUCAAUUGAAUUCAACCACCACCCCUUCGCUUCUUUCACUCUAUGUUCUCCAUUUUCGUAAGGCUCUACUCCACUACACCCAUGAGUAACAUUGUCCUCCACUAUAUUAUUGUUAAUUUGUUAUUAUCAUUAUUAUUGUUGUUUUCCCUUUGGUGGCGCAAUCUCAUUGUAAUUUAAAUGAGGUUCGACUGAACUGUAAAUGCCUAAAUGGACUAUAUCGAGUUUCUUAAAUAUAU